UUCUCUCCACUCGCCGCGUGACGUAUGCCGCCCGGUUAGCUAGUCUCAAAGCAAGUUAGCUAGCUGCGAACGCUGGAAUCGGUCGUCGUUCGAUUACUAGUUUGCAGCUGAAGUUUGUGUAUCUGGUGACUGUCAGGAUCGACAAUGGACGACGAAUGCUACCCAAAAACACUGUAUGUGGGAAACCUCUCCAGGGAGGUAACAGAAAUUUUGAUCCUGCAACUUUUCACCCAGAUAGGACCUUGUAAAAGCUGUAAAAUGAUCACAGAGCAUACAAGCAAUGACCCCUAUUGCUUUGUGGAGUUCUUUGAACACAGAGAUGCUGCAUCAGCCCUUGCAUCCAUGAAUGGGAGAAAGAUAUUAGGAAAGGAGGUCAAAGUGAAUUGGGCCACCACUCCAAGUUGCCAGAAGAAAGAUACAUCCAAUCACUUCCAUGUAUUUGUGGGUGAUCUGAGUCCUGAAAUUUCCACUGAGGAUAUCAAGUCUGCAUUUGCACCUUUUGGGAAAAUCUCGGAUGCUCGUGUUGUGAAGGACAUGGCGACAGGCAAAUCAAAGGGGUAUGGAUUUGUGUCCUUCUACAACAAACUGGAUGCAGAUAAUGCCAUUGCUAACAUGGGCGGACAGUGGUUGGGAGGACGCCAAAUCAGAACCAACUGGGCAACGCGUAAACCACCAGCUCCAAAGAGUUCUCAGGAGAAUUCUUCGAAGCAGCUGAGGUUUGAGGAUGUACUGAAUCAGUCCAGUCCCAAGAACUGUACCGUUUACUGUGGCGGGAUCCAGUUAGGACUAUCAGAACACCUUAUGCGACAGACCUUCACACCUUUUGGUCAAAUAAUGGAGAUCAGGGUUUUUCCGGAGAAAGGAUACUCUUUCAUCAGAUUUUCUUCCCAUGACAGUGCUGCCCAUGCCAUUGUUUCAGUAAAUGGUACUUUCAUUGAAGGAAAUACAGUGAAGUGCUACUGGGGAAAAGAAUCACCCGACACUGCAAAAAGUCCACAGCAGGUUGAGUACAGUCAGUGGGGACAAUGGAACCAGUUCUAUGGAAGUCCGCAACAGCAGCAGUUUGGCCAGUAUGUGUCCAACAAUUGGCAAGUUCCCUCCUAUAGCAUGUACAACCAGACAUGGAACCAGCAAGGAUUUGGAGUGGAGCAGUCCCAGUCACCAGCCUGGGUGGGAAACUUUGGAUCUCCUUCAGCACAGGCUGCAGCCCCAACUGGUCAAGUAAUGUCCAACCUGGCCAACUUCAGCAUGGCGGGCUACCAAACACAGUGAGCUGGCCCAAACCAAAGUGUAACACCCUUUAGACCACACAGCACCCUUAACUGGACAGCUUUGAAGAAGAGAGGCAGGAGGGGGCACAUUCACAAAGCCUUUGCAGCCAAUAGUUGCUCUAAAGUCUGUUAAACUGUUGUGUUUUAAAAUGUCUAUUUUAAUUUCACUUUGGACUUGAAACAAAUAUUUGAUGAGAUCUGUCUUGGAAAAAUGCUCUUGGCCUUCUAAAGGAAAGCCAAGCAACCCAUAUUUCUUUCUGUAGUAGAUGUUAAAAGACACACCAAUGUGUGUUUUCAUGAGUCGAGACGAUUUACAGUACUAGAAAGUUUACUGGACGCACUCAUGAAGAGCCAAACCCCAUCAAAAGAUUGGUGUAGUUUAUAAAAACAAAUUGCCCUGACAACUUAAACAUGUAAGAAAAAUUCUAUGAGGAAAAAAUUAAAUAAACUUAACUGAUUCAGAUGUUUGGAGCUAGAAGCCAUCAUGUUACUCCAGCAACCCACUGGAAUUUAAAUCCUUUGAAACCUCAAACUUGAUAAUAUAAAUAUUUAAGUUAUCAAACUACAGCAAUAUAUAUCUGCUUUCAGUUUGCCAAUAGGUUUUGUAAUAUUUGAAUAUUUCAAAUGUAUUGGUUUCUUACGGACUCUUCAUAAUGUUUGUUUGUCAUAGUUUUCUGUCAUUUUAUAUAAAGGAGGGUCUUUAAGCAGUGAUAAGUACAUUUUUUGUAAUAUAACAGGAUGCCCGUGGUGCACGUCUGAUGAAUUUAUACUCGAGAGUGAACCAGACUGCUAUAAAAUGAUAUGGGCUUAGCUCACGCCAUAUAUCUGAAAAUUUUGGUUGUGUUUUUGACAUAUUUUUUAAAAACAAAAUGCUUUGUGUGUUGAAGUCCUAGUCAGUUUAUGUGUUAGAAAAUUUGUACGAGCAAGUUUGACAAAAUUAUUAUUUUAGUGUAAGGUGGAAUCUCUUUGGUGAGAUUUAUGUACAAAGAAAAUUUCACCUACUUGGCUCUCAAAGCAAAAAAAAAAAAGUUUUUCAUGUUGUGUAUCAGAGUAAUCGGCAUGGUCUUUGCAGACUUUUGAUAGAUUUAAUUUGACACUGCAGUAGAGCCUGGUUGGACAUACUUAUAACCCUGUGUCUCAACGGAAAGGCUCUGUAGUACAUGCUCUAUGUUCAAGGAAAAUAUUGUAAAUACAGUGCAACCCCCACCCCAACCCUGUAAAUUUAACUGAUUGUGUGUGCUGAUUCUGGGGCUGGUUUCCUAGAAGGAAUAAUUCAUCAUUAAUACAUUUUUUUCUAAUUUUUCAUUCUUUUGCCAACCUCAGUAAUUUAUAGUCAUAUCUUUCAAUGGCUGUAAAAGUUUGUAAAGAAAAUUAAGAGUUAAAGGAAUACUUCACCAAUUUGCAUUUAGCUUUGUAUUACUAGUAUAGGGGUAUUAUUUUUUGAAAAAUUGUGCUUCCCAACCUCAGUUUCCCCUGAGUUGUGAAAUAUCUUAAUUCUUUCCUUUGUCAUUUGCCCACCAGUGACACUUGGUCCUGUUAGCGUAACUGUUAGCAAAGAUGGCGGACACUGUUUACAUUCUGGGAAUGAGGUCCCAUCCCCCUAAGAGUGGGCCUCAAAAGUGCGGAAUUAGCGUUGCAGUGUCAAGCCUCAGACCAAGGCUUGGACUAAGUGUCACUGGUGGGCACGUAACAAAAAAAAGAAUAAAGAUAUUUCUUGACUCAGGGGAAACUGAGGUUGGGAAGCACACUUUUUCAAAAAUACUACCCCUAUUCUAGUAAUACAAAGCUAAAUGCAAAUCGGUGAAGUAUUCCUUUAAUUUAGCACCAAAACCAGCCCCUCCCACUGCUCUGCGUCAGGUUUUUACAUCAUUUUUAGCCACACCUUUGUGUCGGACUGUCCACACUUGAACUUUAAACUGGGAUUAUUUUUUAUUUUAUAGUAAUUCCAUUAAGUGGAAUCAGUGGACGUUUCCUAAAUAUAUCAUUUAUUCUUCUGCCCUGUGAAUUUUCUCACUAUUUUGCAGAAUGUUUUCAUAUAUGCCAAUGUAAACUAUUUUAAACAUCACUGAUUAAUUGUGGCAAGAGGAUUUCGCAAAGUUAUCCUGCUAUUUGGAUUUUAUUUGCAUAUGUGCCAUUCUGUACAGUGUACCACACACCUUGUAAUGUCACCUAUUUCCUGUUGUACAAGCCAACAUUCUUGACGAUGUUUUUGUUAUUUCAUUUAAAUUGGGGGGUGUUCAUUUAACAAAACAGGAUCGUGUUGGCUGAGAGUGUAAAUAUGAAGCUUGAUUACAGUCAGGAAAUAAUGUACAUACUGUAGGUAGAAUGUUAUGAAAUAAAAUGCCAUCAUGAAAUUUCAGCAAUAUAAUUUAUGCAUAAGCCUUAAUUUGUGUUAUUUAAAGGGCCCCCUUAUCUAAAUUCUUUUGUAAUGUAGAUUUUCCCAUCUUAGACUUUGUGCCAUUUUCAGGAUGUGACCGGAGGCAGAUGAAGCAUCAGUUUGAACUGCAGGCUUGUGACAUGUACAAUAUUUCUUGCUUGAAAAUAAUGAAUGUUAUGGCAAUUUGCUUUUAUGACAAGUAAUUCAUCUAAGUUGAACCACUGAAGUGAUGUUUAAUAAUAAAGGAUGAAAUCAUUUUUCCGUUUCCAGGAAAAUAUUAAGUCACUUCAAAUAAAGACAUACGUCAA